GGCCGCUGAGGGAAGCGCUAAGAUGGCGGCGGCCGCCUCAGGCCGGUGGCGGUACUUGCGUGGGGCGUAGCGGGCGGCGAGGGGUCGUUGCGCGCCGCCAUGCCCAAGUACUACGAGGAGAAGGAGGAGGACGGGCGGGCCUGCGGGGGGGUGCGGGAGGACCUGCGGCAGUGCCUGCUGGAGAGCCCCUGCGUGCUGCAGGAGAACAAAAGCCCCAAGCAAUGUUUGAGGGAAGGACACUGUAGAAGUUUGCAAAACACGUUUUUUGCAUGCAAAAGGUCGAUGUUGGAUGCCAGGGCAAGAUUCAGAGGAAAGAAGGGAUACUGAAGUCCUUGUGAGAAAGAGAGCCAGCCGCAGGAAAUCAGGAUUCAUCAGCACAUUAACCAAAACAGAGGCUUAAGUAAGAAGAUUGUAUCUGCUGCAUCCUUUCGUGCAGUAUUUUCAUAGAAGGUAUCUACUGCUGAGAAUUCUGACAGAUUGACCUGGAUGUGCAUUUAAAUGUUAGAAAGAAGGUGUGCAUAAAGCUGCAAGUUCUGGCCAAAAUGGGUACCUGUCAUGCACUUGUAAUAAAAUAUGUAAAAUCAGAA